CUUUCCCUCACAAGCUUAAAUGGACAUAUCUCCGCCAAGUGCAUCACAGCCUUCCACUGACCCUCACACUUUUGAGAAACUGGACGUGGAUUCCCAAGUUCCAGAGGGCGGAACUGACACAGAAGGCCCAUUAUCAUCACAAGCUUCCAGGCACCCAGCACGUCAAUGUUUUCCAUAUCAACCUCAUAAUCUUGAGACAAUGAACACAGAGCAUCACCCAAGUGUGUCAUCAUCAUCACAGAAUAACCAGUUCUCGAUUACAUGUUUCCCACAAGCUCCAAUGGACAUAGAUGCGAGUAGUCCAUCAUCAUCGCAAGCUAUAUACGGAGGCGUUCCAAUCACGAGUCAUCCAAACACAGGCAACUUUGAAAAUAAUGGCGCUUUGAAAAGAAAGGUAGAACAACUCUACAAUAGAGAAGCUGACAUAAAGAAUGAGUUAGAGUUCGCUGCAUCUCUAUCUCUGAAGAAGCAGAGAAUAGAAGUUGUGAAUUGGUUGACGAACAUGGAAAAGCUGAGGAAAAAUUUCCAAAGUCUUGAACCAGCAAGCGCAGAAAAUUUGCCACCACAACAACAGGUGGAUAUGUUGAUGAAAGAAGCAGAAGACCUUAUCAUAAAAAGCAAAUUUCCAGAAGGAUUGUUUGAGGUGGGAGAUUCCAAAGUCAACAUAUUAUUAGAACGAAAGUUGGAGGCAGGUAGGGCAUUUCAGACAAAUACUAAGAAUAUCUUGCAGUGCCUAAAAGAGAAUCAUAUAUCACGAUUAGGCAUCUACGGUAUGGGGGGUGUCGGGAAAACAACCAUUAUGGUGCACAUAUAUAAUAGGCUCCUAAAAAAUGCAAACCAUUUUAAUGUAUUGUGGAUUGCUGUGUCACAAGAUCUCAACAUACAUAAGUUGCAAGGUGACAUUUGGAAGGCGCUAAACUUAGGUGAUCUAAAAGAAGAGGAUGCGAUGAAACGGGCGGCAAUGUUGUUUGAUCAAUUAAGUAAAAGAGGGAAGUCUAUACUUAUCCUCGACGAUGUAUGGGAACAAUUUGAUCUUGAUGAGGUGGGUAUCCCUGUUGAAGCUGAUGGACUUAAGUUGGUGUUAACAACUUGGUCCUUUGAAGUAUGCUGCCAGAUGCAUUGUCAGGAGAAGAUAAAAGUCGAACCUUUGUCUCAUAAUGAGGCACAAAGCUUAUUUUUUAAGGAACUUGGACCUGGAGCUCUUAGUGUGGAAAUUGAAGCAGUUAUGAAGUUAAUCGUAGAAGAAUGUGCUGGUCUACCACUCGGAAUCGUCACGAUGGCAAGAACCAUGAGAGGAGUAAGUGACCUGUUUGAAUGGAAGGAUAUAUUAGAGAGAUUGAAAGAAUCUAACAUGGGGCAAAUGGAUAUGGAAAAGAAGGUCUUAGCAAAUUUAAAAUUAAGUCAUAGUCACCUGAGUAAUCAUGAAGUCCAACGAUGUUUCUUAUGCUGUGCACUUUAUCCAGAAGACCUACUAAUUCAUAAGUUUGAGCUGAUAGAAUUUUUUAUUGAUGAAGGAUUGAUUGGAGGAUUGGAUAAGAGGGAGAAAUGUUAUGAUAGAGGUCUUACCAUACUGAACAAACUUGAAAAUGUUAGCUUGUUGGAAAAUGAUCAGGGUAUGGUCAAGAUGCAUGAUUUGAUCAGAGAUAUGGCUUUGCAUGUCAUGAGUGCGACUUCCAUGGUUAAAGCGGGCAAGGGUUUGACAAGGAUUGUGAGUGAGGAAUGCUGGAUGGAUGGUGUAGAGAAAGUUUCUUUCAUGGAGAAUUACAUCGGGGUUAUUCCAUCAAACAUGUCACCAAAUUGUCCUAAACUGGCAACUUUGCUAUUAAAUGGUAGCUUAUGGGGGGAUGUGCUGAUCCCUGAGCCUUUCUUCAAGCGAUUGGAGGGGUUGAAGGUUCUAAACCUGAGUGGAUGUGGGAUCAGAGAGCUUCCCAAUUCCAUCUCGGAUUUGGUAAACUUGAGGGCAUUGUUGUUGAGGGAGUGUUGGGAAUUGUGUCGUAUUCCUUAUUUAGGAAAGCUGAGUUCAUUGACGAAGUUGGAUGUCCAUGGAUGUAGAUAUUUGAAAGUAGUGGAGGGCUUGGAAUUGUCGGUGAACUUGAGAUACCUCGACUUAUUCAAAUCAGGUAUAGAAAGAUUAGUGGAAGGAACAUUGGCAGGUUUGGCAAACUUGCAAGAUCUAAAGAUAGGGGAAGUGAAGGGAGAAGACGUGACAAAGUUAUGGGCAUUGGAGACUCUUGAUUCUUCUUUCCAGAACGCCGUUGAUUUCAACAAAUACAUGAGAUUUCUCCAACAGAGUGGCCCUCAUCGCUAUUACCAACUUGUGGUGAAUCAAGAAAAAUCAUUGUGGUCUGCGAGUGUAUAUGAUGAUCCAAGAUUUGGGACUUCGGAGAGAAAUAUUGACAUUGAUUGUUGUGAUUAUGCUAUUGUCAGGGCAGGAGGGGAAUACGAUGAGGAUUCUAUUUUGCUUGCGCAAGAUGUGCAGAGAUUGGUGGGGAGAAAAUGUGGAGGUAUAACAAAUUUGUCCAACAUCGGCCUGCUUGAAAGCCUUCAGGUGCUAAUAAUGGAAGAAUGGGAAAACUUACAGACGCUCUGUGGAGGAGUAGACGAAGUAAUUGACAAUCAUGACUACCCUCUUCUAUUCCAUAGUCUUAAAGACGCUUACUGUCGAGAGAUGUCCAAAACUGAAGUAUCUCUUUGGGAAUCGUUCUAAAGUCACCCUUCCACAUCUACGACGGAUUGUGAUAAAAAAACUGUGAGGAAUUACGAGGGAUAACUGUAGCAGGAGCAAUAUUUGCAACGCCACUCCCUGCCUUCCCCAACCUAGAAAAGAUUGUGAUAGAGCACCGUGCCAACAUGAAGAGCGUGGUGGAAUCUGAGUUGCUCCCUCACCUUCCUAACCUGAGAGAGGUUACAGUAUAGCAUUGUGAGAAAAUGGAGGAGAUAAUAGGAAGGGCUCCCCAAACCAUUCCCCCUGAUGCCCUUUCUCUUCUUACAUCUCUUUGGAUAGAGCGAUGCCCCAACGUGAGGAAGCUUCUUACUCGUGAAUUGCUGCUCCACCUCCCUAAUAUCCAAGGCAUUCUAGUCCAUGACUGCAGAAGGAUGGAGGAGAUAAUAGGCCAUGAAGGACGACGGCGACAACUAGGAGAUGAAGUAAGCCGUCUAAACAUCAGUAUCACCUGUUCCUCCUUGCCAAAGUUAAACUUCUUGAAUCUACUUACACUACCAGAAUUGGAGAGCAUAUAUCAUGGAAUAAUAAAUUGUGAUUCCAUCCAAUAAAUUAGAUUAUGGGAUUGUCCGAAGCUAAAGAGGAUUCCUCUGCAUCUGCCCAUACUAAAUAACAGCUUCCCUUCUUUUAGGGAGAUAAGUGUAGAUGAUGAGGCAAGUUGGGAGUCGCUGGAGUGGGGUCCUCCUCAUGUCAAGUCUCUGCUUCGACCCUUUGUCUAUUUUUAAUUCUUCAAUUAAUUCCAGCAUAACUCGUUUCAUGCAUAUUUUACUGAAGUUGAGUCUUCUCUUGGAACAAAUACGAUGGAGCUCUGCAUAUGUUGGAUUCUUUCGUCCUCAUUGUGGUGGUCUCAUUCUGCUUGACUUCUUCCUGGUGUCUGAGGAGAAGAAGAUAUCAUCGAGAAAGCUACCUCCGGGAUCACUGGGAAUCCCAUAAUUGGCCAAAGCAUUGGCAUGCUCCGAGCCAUGAGGACAAACACGGGUGAAAAAUGGCCUUAAGAAAGAGUGAGGAAGUAUGGACCAAUCUCGAAGCUCACUCUCUUCGGUAAACCGACGGUGUUCAUUCUUGGACAAGCAGCAAACAAGUUUGUAUUCUACGGAGACAGCAGCAUACUUGCCAAUGAGAAACCAUCAUCCAUGCGCGCGAUUCUAAGGGACCGCAAUCCGAUGGAACUCAGUGGCCAAGAUCACAAACGCGUGAGGGACUCUCUCAUGUCGUUCUUGAGACCAGAAUCCCUUAAGCAGUAUCUGGGGAAAAUAGAUGAAGAAGUCAGAAAGCACAUCGAGUUGCACUGGCAGGACAUGGAAAAAGUUGCAGUAUUGUCCCUGAUGGAAAACCUUUACAUUCAACAUCAUAUGCUCUCUUCUCUUUGUAUGGAGGAAAGAGCUGAUCGAGAGAAAUUCUUGCAAUGGUUUCAAGAAAUGAUAGAGGGAAUGUGUCAAUGCCAGUAAAGCUGCCGUUCACGCGCUAUAAUUGGAGCCUCCGCGCAAGCUCCAGCGUCCAAGAUUUCUUGAAGGAAUUUGUGCAAGAGAAGAAGGUGAAACUAGAGCAGCACACUGCAACUCCUCCUCAAGACUUGAUCACGUGCUUGUUAAGUAAGCGCAAUGAAGAAAACGAACGAGUUGCGACUGACAAGGAAAUUCUGCACAAUAUCAUGCUUGUCAUGGUUGCUGGACAUGAUACCUCGUCCGUCCUUGUAACUUUUAUGCUGUGUCUUCUAUCUAAAACUCCUGCUGUUUAUAAA